UCGUUUAACGCUGACUGCUAGCUCAGGCUUUUAUAUUGCAGUGUGUCACACCGUGUUGGAAAUUUAUAAUUAUUCUCCGAUUUCAAAUCGUUUGCUGGUUCCAAAUGUUGAGGGAAUGGCUGACGAAGGACGCUAUAGUCUGCCAUCAGCAGAGUCGACAAAAUUAAAUAAUAAUACAGGAAAUAGUUUCAGAUGGGGCUCAUCGCACUUUUCCAACAGCAGACAACGUUGCAAUUCCAGCAUUAACUUAGUUAAUUUAGAUAGCACUGUUGUUAGCAAAAUCGAGCCGAGGAUUUUUGCCGACGUCCAAAGCAAAGGAUUGGCUUCAAGGAUAGUCAAGUACCACGAAAAUGAGAGCCGCCUUAACCGGAGUAUGUCGACUAAUAGCCUGUACACAAAGCCGGGACAAUUUCCAAUUGUAACUCUCCGCAAGACUGAAUUGCCCUUUCGAGCUACCAAACAAUGCGUGUCUAUGACGCGAAUAGUACCACCUGACACUUCAGUCUUUAGCGGCAGUACAUUAUCAGGACUUUUGCGGUCGAAUUCUGUAGUAGGGCUACACAAAAGCGAUGAAGACAUAUCAAGUGAAAACAGGCCAAUUAUACAUCCUCCACCAACAGAAAAUGAUAUGGCGCCAACACGCAGUGUUCUAGACGUGCUGAAAGAGAUUUCCCGAAAAAGAAUAAAUAGCGACGAUUCAAGCGGCUCGGAAAUGACUAAAAAGAAUCGUGUGGGUACUGAUUUAUUAGAUUCUGGUACCAACGUUGUAAAUAUCGCAACGCCCGCUGCUAACUUUAAAAGACAGCGAGAUUCAAACUUACAGGACAAAGUAAAUGUUAAUACCUCUUUUAAAUACGUGGACUCUAACAAAUCACCAGAACAUAAAAAACGUAUAUGCAGUUACAACAAUGACAUAACCAGUUCGUUAAGUUCAAGCUCAAAACGAAAAUCCAAAGAGAUCAAGAGACCUUCCUAUCAACUUAAUCAGACAAUGCCAGCAUAUUUAGAAUCCUACGAAACACCGAAACUUAAAAUACCUAAACGAAACGACCAUUCAAUACAGGAUAAUUGUGCAAAUAGACAGAGCGAAAAGAACAUUUCUAGCAUUUCAAUAGCCCAGGCGACAUGCGGAACUGUGCCGCAACGAAGCCAAUCGGAAGGUAUUACUCCAACGGAGACAUAUAAGGCGGUACAAAAGCCUCGUCUUACUCUGUUCAAUAAAAAUUACGACACCAAUAUUGAAAAAUCACAGGACAGCUUAGAAAACGAUGACAACUUAGACGAAGGCAGCGAGUGUACGGGUAUUCAUUUUGUCAAGCCGAAAAAACUAACCUCUAACUCUGGCCUCAAAAAUCCUAUAUUGGAGCGAACACAAAAGUCGAAGUUAGCACUAAUGUUGUCUGGUCUCAGAGGAGAAUUGUAUGACAUAAACGACGAGGUUGACACUUCUCAAAAGGAACAGGCUUCUAGGAGCAGUGACUCUAUACAAACAUCAAUUCCCAAACAAAAUAAUACCAGCGCAAAAAUCGACACCCCGGAAUCCUCAAAGAGCAUAAACACGCAAGCAACACAUAAAAACCCAUCACCUUUGGUUGGACUAAAAUUAACACCACAAAGCAUAACAUUGACACAGAACGCGAAAUCAAGUAAAGAAUCCAGUGUCCCAACUAUUGGCAUUCUUCCUGGUAAUAAUAAAAUGGUAACAUCUAAUACUACUGCCACGUUAAACAAUUCCACGGCCACAGGAGCUAUAAAAGCUGCAAAGGGUGUUUCGAAUACAACUCAUCAAGAUCCAUUUAAAACUAGCUUAGUUGGCCCUGAAACUAAGACGGCUGCAACAACCCUUCUUGAGUCAUCCAAUACGUCGAAACUUGCAGAAAAUACCUGUAAAAACCCCUCUGAAUUUAUAAAACCCUCUUCCGACACGAGUUCUUCGGAGCCUUUUUCCUUCGGACUGCCUUCUGGCUCUAAGACUGUACCUUCGACGUCUUCUUCUUCGAUGACAAAUGAAAAAUUCUCUUUCAACCCCCCCUUGGCUUCGACCAGUGUAGUUCAAUCGCCAGUUAGUGGAGGAUUUAGUUUCGGCACAGCCUUAAAUUCAAAUAUUACUCCUCCUUCCACAACCGGCAACCAGAAUCCUCCCGCCCUACAAGCCACACCCAGUACAACACCCAAUAUCUUCACAUUGCCGAAUACAGAAGCCAAAUCUUCAUUAUUUGGAGCAACAAAAGCUACUGAUACUACACAAGAUGCUUUUACCUCUGGGAGCAAAAUAGAUGAAAAAUCACAAAAGACUGACUCACCUAAAUCUGUGGGAGGGUUUUCCUUUGGAAUUGAUACGUCAAAAACAUCUUCAAGUGGGACGUAUACAUUUGGCAACACUAGUAGUUCGUCUGCGGCUACAAAUAAACUUGUCAGUUCUGUAACAACAACUGUAGCGCCAAAUAACCAUAAUACGUUUCCUUCGACUUCUCUUUCUGAACAGAAAUUAACAACAGUUUUUGGAAACUCUUCAUCGUCAACUUCCAACUCGGCUGGAUUUGCAUUUGGUUCUAGUACAACAGCUGUCGAAUUACCUAAAAUUUCAUCGGCAUUUGCCUUUGGUUCCAAUAAUCCACCACCUUCCAUAAAUCAAAAAUCCGCUGCACCCCCAAAUAUCGGUGGAUUCUCAUUUUCAGCCCCGAAUAAUAAUUCUACGGCAAAUAAGCCCAGCUUUGAUGCCACGCCGCCUUCAAACACUAAUACGUUGUUAGGAGGCACCAAUAACAAUCAAUCUGCUGUUAAUAUAUUUGGAAACGGCGGAGGUGCUACUUCUUUUAACUUUGCGGCAUCUCCAGGUCUAAGCCCUCAAACAUCAGCUGGUGGCGCAACUAAUACAACAUUUAAUUUUGGAACAUCGUCGUCGAAUAAUACUCAAACGGGAGGAACAUCAACUGGUAACUCAUCUAGUUCCACGUUUAACUUUGGAGCGGUCAAUACAAAAAAUUCACAAAGCAACAUCACUUCGGCCACUAGUAAGAGUUUAACAACCACUUUCGCAUUUGGAGCUGCGUCAUCUAAUCCGCAGCCAUCAGGAAAUAAUGCAACAAGUCCCGCAUUCAACUUUGGAAGUUCUUCAUCGUUUUCAACAUCUAACAAUUCAAUGGUGAAAUCCGGUAUGACAACAAACAACACCUCGCAGCCUGCAUUUAAUUUCGGUGCGUCUGUAUCGGGCAGUGCUCAAUCAACGGGAACGUCAGCCAUAGCAUUGAACAAUGGCACUAAAUCAGCAUUUAAUUUUAGCGCUUCCUCGUCCACGAAUAAUGCUCAUUCAAUAAGUUCACCUAGUAUGUCUAAUAAUAUAACAGCAAACAGUGGAUCCGUAAACGCUUUUAGCUUUAAUAAUCCUUCCGCGAGCAGCCCUCAACCGACCGGCUCGACAACAAUUACCAACAAUAUUUUUGCCAUACCACAGAAUUCAUCUUCGGUAUCAACAGACCGACCAAUUCGACGUGCAACUAGACGCCUGCAAAAGUGAGCCGGGAUAUGAUUCGAAAACGUCGGCACUCUCAGCGUCGGAAAGAUGCUGAGCUUCGAUUUGUCCAGCUCUUUCGUUUCUUAAACUAAAAAUGCAAGUGUAUCUUUGAACCAAUUUGAAUAAGCUGUGAACGGUCCUGAUUUGUUCUAUUAAUAUACUAACUCAGUUCUGAAUAAAGUGUAAA